AUGGCAUUUUGUGGUAUCGCAGAAUUAGAACUGAUUAUAGAGAUUGAUACUUCUAAAACCGAGAAGGUUGAACAAGAGGUAGUAUUGUCAAAUUUAUACUAUCAACCAAAUGGGUUUUUUCAAACUCCCAAAAAAAUGAAAGAUGCUUGUGAGAAAGCUGAUAAACAACUUGAUAAAAUUUUACAUCCAAUUUAUUAUUCGACAUUUCCUGGUCCACGAGCAUUAUGGGAGAGAUUACCUAAAGGUUCGGCUUCAUUAGAAAGAGUUCGUAACUGGGUUAAUAGCCAAUUGAUUGGAGAAUUACAUUGCAGACCACCACGUAUAGUAUAUGCCCAUUUUACUAAGCAACGUCCAGAUUAUUUACACCAAGCUGAUAUUAUGGAAAUGCCAAAUGAUCAUGGGCGUCGUUAUUCUCUUUGUGUUAUAGACUGUGCUUCAAGAUAUAAGGAUGGUCGGGCAUUAACACGCAAAUUAAGUAGCAAGGUUGCUAUGGCAUUCGAAGAUAUUUAUAAUGAUCCAAAUUCCUUUCUUAACUGGCCAGUUACUUUGAAAGUAGGUCAAGAUACUGAGAUGAAAGGUGAAGUUACAAUAUUAUUUGAAAGCCACGGAACACAAAUUGAGCAUACUGAAUUAGGACAUUAUGUAUCUCUGGCUUUUGUAAAUUCACUUCAUAGCCGGCUUAGACCUCGCUUGUUCAAGGGAAUGCAAAGAAAAGAAUUAAUUGCUAAACGUAUUAAUAAAGAUUGGGUAAAAUCAUUUCGGCUAACAAUUAUGGCUAUAAAUAAUGAAAAAACUCGACACAUUAAUAUGAAACCUAUAGAUGCUCAUCUUCUAAAAAAAGUUCCACUAAAAUUUCAGUCAGUUCCACCUGAAAAUGAUUUACUUCCAUUAGGUAUAAUGAAGAAGAGCAACUGA